AUGUCAUUUACUCUGCGCCACGUCGUUCGUGCUCAGAGAGCGCUGCUGGCUGCUCGAACGAUGCCACGUCUUUGUACUCCAGUGAGCACCACUGUCGCUCGUGCGCUCCCUAGCACUCUUGACGAUGGAGCGAGUAAAACCCAUGACCAUUCUCUGCAUUUCAAAAUUGAGCGCUAUUUUGCUGCUGCUAUGGUUCCUUUGUUCCCCGCUGCCUAUUUCAUCCAUGGUCCAGUGAUGGAUGCAUUGCUCACGGUUGCACUCACUCUCCACAUCCAUUGGGGAGUACAAGGUGUUGUCCAAGAUUACGCUCGUCCUUUCGUCAUUGGUGAUACUCUUGCAAAGACUGCUCGAGCUUGUGUCUACCUGAUUACUGCUGCUAUUCUGGCAGGCCUCCUCCAUUUCAACACUAACGAUGUUGGACUCACCGAGGCUUUCCGAUUGGUGUUCGCACUCUAA